GAGAGAGAGAGGCUCCUCCUUAGGCUUUCUUCUGGAGAAUGCCUCAUGGAGAAAAUAUGCUGGCUAUGUCCCACUGGGUCUCUCAUGCCCCCGCCUUGCUCUCAGUUUCACACAGAAGCUCCCAUUGGGAAGCCAGCUCUUGCAUCUUGGUGCAAAAGUCUGAGGGGCAGCAGAGCGGCCGCCAGUGCAACUGAGGCUGUUUCCCGCUCUCCCCAAGAUAUCUGUUGUUGAAAGAAGGGGGGAGGGCGCCGUGUCAAUGUGUAGAAACAAGGAGGAGUGACUCCGAGAGGGAAGAAGGGAGGGAACUGAACGCUGAGGAGGGAAGAAAGGACGGCGCAAACCGCAAGGACUGCAAAGAGAGCCCCUUUCCCCGCGGAUGGUGGGGCCCCAGCUGAGCUCUUACUCACUUCAGACUGGAGAUGGCAGAAAUCAGCUCUCAAGUUAAUAUCAAGGAAAAGAUCAAUGCAGUCCGGUCAAUUGUUCCCAACAAAAGCAAUAAUGAGAUUGUGCUGGUGCUCCAGCAAUUUGAUAACAAUGUACACAAGGCUGUGCAAGCUUUUGUGGAUGGGAGUGCACUUCAAGUGCUCAAAGAAUGGAAUAUGACAGGAAAAAAGAAGAACAGCAAAAGGAAAAGAAGUAAAUCUAAACAGCAUUACCUUAGUAAAGAUGCGAAAGAUAAAGAUGAAAGGGCAGAAAAGACAUCUCUGGAAUCCCAAGAGCUGAAUGGCUGCCAUCUGAAUGACUGUGAUAAGGAGACUUUCUUCAAACCUGUAGGUGAAAAAUCAACAAUGAUUCCUCAAGAGGAAAAGACUUCGGAAUACAAAGAAAGGAGAGAGACAAAACCAGAAAACUCAGACAAAAAGAUGGAACAGAAGAAAGUCUCUCUAGAUGCUGAGCAAAAAUACAUAAAUAGUGCAGAAGUGCCUGAUACUUCUCAAUCCUCCUACCAAUCCCCAUGCAACAUUAGUAGACCGAAGUUCAGAACAUCCACUGCCAAGUCACCUGUCUCUGUACCUCAAGUUGAAAUAAAACCAGAAGAGUCAAUCAAGAAAAGAGGUCCAAAUAUUGAAAAAUCUGUGAAAGACCUCCAGCGCUGCACUGUUUCUUUGACAAGAUACCGCAUGAUGAUUAAAGAGGAGGUGGAUAAUUCUGUAAAGAAGAUCAAGGCUGCCUUUGCUGAAUUACAUAACUGUAUAAUAGACAAAGAAGUGGCUUUAAUGGCAGAGGUGGACAAAGUUAAAGAAGAAGCCAUGGAAAUUUUAACUGCUCGUCAGAAAAAAGCUGAAGAAUUGAAGAGACUAACCGAUUUGGCUAGUCAGAUGGCAGAAACACAACUGGCAGAACUGCGCGCUGAAAUUAAGCAUUUUGUCAGUGAACGUAAAUAUGAUGAAGAAUUGGGAAGAUCCGCCCGCUUUUCUUGUGACAUUGAACAAUUGAAGACUCAGAUCCUACAGUGUGGAGAAAUUUCACAUCCAAAGAACAACUAUUCCUCAAGGACACCCUCCAGUACACUGCUACAGCCGGCAACUUUGCACUCAGCGGCCAGCAUACAAAGUUCAUACAUCCGAAAAUCCUUCAGUCGCGCUCGUGGCAAGGCUCCUGAUGGUAGAGCAGUAAUAACCAAAGGUUUCAGCCAAAGUGUCACCAGCUCCACCGAAUCCUCUCCUCAAAUAACAAUAAAUAAACAGAAUGGGUCUUCCAAUCAGAGACGAAGAUUCCACGGACAAUACCACGGCAUUCGAAUCAAUGGAUCUCACAAGCCACAAAGUGCCAGUAUCGAAUCAGAUCAGAACAACACAAAAGGAAGUGCCUGGCAUGAAUACAGAAGACCGCACCACAGUAGUUUUAGGCCCAGAAAUAAAGGCACUCUUAAAACCCAAGAGCAGCCUACACCUGCAAAAACCACAGAAAAUCUAACAUAUCCAGAAAAAACACGGCGAAAGCACCCCACGUCAGGUCCAAUAGAGUCUGGAUCUUUAUGCAGCAAUAUUACCAGGGUUUCUCAAUGCAAUCUAUGCCCUUCAAGCAGAGAGGCUUCUGCAGAUGCUCCUGUCCUCUCGGUCCCAGCUGUGACUUUGGUGGCAUGACGACUGGGAAUGAUGGAAGGGCAAAUGUAAUGCAUUUUCAACUUGCAUUUCUCAGUAAAGGUGCUUUCCCUUUCCCAUACCCCCAAUUACUAGCAAAAUACUUUGUCAGGUGUUUUUACAAUUGUGGUAAAGCAUACACACACUUUUCUUAACUAUAAAUACCGUAUGUAACCGUAUCUUGUUACAUAUUUUGAAAACUUUGCUCAGUAUAGUCAAGAUUGUUUUUCAUAAUAAUGCAACUUUUGGCUAGCCACUACUUAGUAACACAAUCAAAAAGGUGUUGGAAAAUAAAUUGCAGGAAGAUGUCAAUGUAAA